AUGGAUGAAAAAGAUCCUAUUAGUCAUGACCACGGUAGUGCAAGUUCAGGUGAUGUCAAGAAAGUCAUAGAUCUCUAUAAUCGGGGAGAAAAAGCCAUAGAGUACCAGAACCUACAUCUUAAAAAAGCUAAAGAAGUAGGAGACAAGCAUGGAGAGGGUAACGCUUAUGGCAAUCUUGGCAAUGCUUAUUUUAGUCUGGGUGAUUUCAAAAAAGCCAUAGAGUACCAUAACCUACAUCUUAAAAUAGCUAAAGAAGUAGGAGACAAGCAUGGGGAGGGUGUUGCUUAUAGCAAUCUUGGCAAUGCUUAUGACCGUCUGGGUGAUUUCAAAAAAGCCCUAGAGUACCACAACCUACAUCUUAAAAUAGCUAAAGAAGAAGGAGACAAGCACGGGGAGGGUGGUGCUUAUGGCAAUCUUGGCAAUGCUUAUAGCCGUCUGGGUGACUUAAAAAAAGCCAUACACUACCACAACCUACAUCUUAAAAUAGCUAAAGAAGUAGGAGACAAGCAUGGGGAGGGUGGUGCUUAUGGCAAUCUUGGCAAUGAUUAUCACCGUCUGGGUAAUUUCAAAAAAGCCAUAGAGUACCAUAACCUACAUCUUAUAGUAGCUAAAAAAGUAGGAGACAAGCAUGGGGAGGGUGGUGCUUAUGGCAAUCUUGGCAAUGCUUAUGGCCGUCUGGGUGAUUUCAAAAAAGCCCUAGAGUACCACAACCUAGAUCUUAAAAUAGCUAAAGAAGUAGGAGACAAGCAUGGGGAGGGUAGCGCUUAUGGCAAUCUUGGCAAUGCUCAUGACAGUCUGGGUGAUUUCAAAAAAGGCAUAGAGUACCACAACCUAGAUCUUAAAAUAGCUAAAGAAGUAGGAGACAAGCAUGGGGAGGGUGUUACUUAUGGCAGUCUUGGCAAUGCUUAUUGCCAUCUGGGUGAUUUAAAAAAAGCCAUAGAGUACCACAACCUACAUCUUAAAAUAGCUAAAGAAGUAGGAGACAAGCAUGGGGAGGGUGGCGCUUAUGGCAGUCUUGGCAAUGCUUAUCGCUGUCUGGGUAAUUUCAAAAAAGCCAUAAAGUACCACAACCUACAUCUUAAAAUAGCUAAAGUAGUAGGAGACAAGCAUGGGGAGGGUAUUGCUUAUGGCAAUCUUGGCAAUGCUUAUGACAGUCUGGGUGAUUUCAAAAAAGCCCUAGAGUACCACAACCUACAUCUUAAAAUAGCUAAAGAAGUAGGAGAUAAGGAUGGGGAGGGUGUUACUUAUGGCAGUCUUGGCAAUGCUUAUGAGAGUCUGGGUGAUUUAAAAAAAGCCAUAGAAUACCACAACCUACAUCUUAAAAUAGCUAAAGAAGUAGGAGACAAGCAUGGGGAGGGUAGCGCUUAUGGCAAUCUUGGCAAUGCCUAUCGCCUUCUGGGUGAUUUCAAAAAAGCCAUAGAGUACCACAACCUACAUCUUAAAAUAGCUAAAGAAGUAGGAGACAAGUAUGGGGAGGGUAAGGCUUAUGGCAAUCUUGGCAAUGCUUAUUUUAGUCUGGGUGAUUUCAAAAAAGCCCUAGAGUACCACAACCUAGAUCUUAGAAUAGCUAAAGAAGUAGGAGACAAGCAUGGGGAGGGUGUUGCUUAUUGCAACCUUGGCAAUGAUUAUUUUAGUCUGGGUGAUUUCAAAAAAGCCCUAGAGUACAACAACCUAGAUCUUGAAAUAGCUAAAGAAGUAGGAGACAAGCAUGGGGAGGGUGGUGCUUAUGGCAAUCUUGGCAAUAAUUAUUGCUGUCUGGGUGAUUUCAAAAAAGCCAUAGAGUAUUACAACCUAGGUCUUAUAAUAGCUAAAGAAGUAGGAGACAAAUCCUUUGAGGCAAAGACGUACUGUUCAUUAGGAGGCGUUUUUGAGUUGCAAGGUGGACUGCCAAAUGCCGUUGAACAUUACCAAGCUAGCAUAAACUUAUUCAAUUCGUUGAGAGUACUUCUAAUAUCUAAAGAUGAGUGGAAAGUUAAUUUUCGAAAUCAGUAUCAAGUGGCGUAUACGGGUUUGUGGAGAGUUCUUGUAGAACAAGCUAAUGUAGAUGAAGCCUUAUUUGUUGCUGAGAAAGGACGAGCUCAAGCUCUGACCGACCUCAUGGAAUCCAGUUUUUGUGGUGGAACAAGUCACCACAAGGGAGAAGAUGAAGAUUGCGCAGUUUUAAAAAACGUUCCAUCAAACACUGUCUUUCAGGCAGUGGACAAAGCUAACGUCAAUCUUUGGGUUGUGUCCGAAGGAAAACAAGUUCAGUUAAGACAAAGUAAACUCAAAGGUUUUGUUUCAGAGAAUAGUGGAUCUAGCCUGUCCUUUGAGGCGUUCAUGCUCGGUGUCUAUACACAACUUGGUGUUCGUUCUAAUGUGAGAUGCGAGAAUCGAUCUUUAGAUGCUUUGAGGGAGGGCCGUUCGAAAGUGGAUGAGAAAACCAAAAAAGCCAAGCCUCAACCUCACAUCCAACAAGACGGAUGCUUGAGCACUUUGUAUGAUAUCGUUAUGAAGCCGGUGGCUGACUUGAUUGAAGGGGAUGAGCUACUCAUUAUUCCUGAUGGAGCCCUGUGGAUCGCUCCUUACGCUGCAUUGAAGGAUGGUAAUUCUAAAUACCUGUGUGAAUCGUUCACAAUCCGAGUCGCUCCAUCGUUAGCAAGUCUUAGACUCAUUGCUGAUUGCCCAGAUGAUUAUCACAAAAGCAGUGGUGCGUUACUUGUAGGAGAUCCGUGGGUAUCCGAGGUUACUAACAGCGAGGGAAAGAAAGUCUUCGAGCAGCUUGAGUAUGCUAAAAAAGAAGUAGAAAUGAUCGGAAAAAUUCUGAAUAUCACGCCAAUCACUGGCAGUCAGGCCACAAAGCGUGAGGUGUUGAAAAGACUCAGUUCCGUUUCCCUAGUUCACUUUGCGGCACACGGAUGUAUGGAAACUGGCGAAAUUGCUCUUACACCUGACCCAGACCGAAUAUCUACUGUGCCAACGGAGGAGGAUUACAUUUUAACAAUUGGAGAUGUGUUGAAUGCUCAACUUCGGGCCAAACUUGUUGUGCUUAGUUGCUGCCACAGCGGCCGGGGCGAGAUCAAGGCUGAAGGUGUGGUUGGCAUUGCGCGCGCUUUUAUGGGGGCUGGUGCUCGGUCUAUUGUGGUGGCCCUGUGGGCGAUUGAUGACGAGGCUACUCUUGAGUUCAUGAAAUACUUUUAUCAACAACUUGCAGGAGGUAAACCAGCAAGCGAGUCACUGAACCUGGCCAUGAAAAGCCUCAGAGAAUCAGACAAGUUCUGCGACAUCAAACACUGGGCGCCCUUUUUGCUGAUUGGAGAUGACGUCACUCUUGACUUCAAGGCAAAGGAAAGAGAAAAUUUGAAUAUGAAAUCACAUAAAUGA